CCCUGAGAGGCUCGGGAGAAUCGGGAGCUCUCUGGGGCUGGAGGAGGUUCGGGUCUCUAAUUCCCGUCUUUUUCUAUACCCGUCCGGGCGCUAGGUAGGAAGCCGUGGGCUGCUGGAGUUAAAGGGAGCUUGGAGGAGAGGCGGCCCAGGCUGCCCUGGGCGGCCAGCCGCUGGUGCAGCUCAUUCAGCACCGGCACCGCAGGGGCGGCGGCGGCGGCAGGCAGCAGCAGCAGCAGCAGCAGCGGCAGCAGCAUCUCGGGGAGCUGGGAGUCCGUGCCUGGGCGGGCCUUACGGAGCUGGAGGAGCCGGAGCAGGAGCAGGAGCGUGCGGCGGGCAGGGCACUUUCCUUCCUAAGGGACAGAUGGUUACAACUUUCAGUUGCAAUGUCUGCUCGGCCUGGCGUCUGCUGUUUUUUGAAAGAUCUGUGAUCCUCUGGUAUUAUUCCUGGUCUGCGCUGCCUCUAGGCAUUUUGGAGCAGUUGGACAGAAGGUCUCCGUUCAAAUCCUGCCUCUAACACAGAGACUCUGACUCUUUGACCCAGCACAAAUCACUCCGACUCUCCAAGACAGUGUGAAUAAGUAUGGAUGAUGAGGUGAUGUCACUUCUGGUGGAAUACCUAAUUUCCAUGUAGUUCCCUUCUGGGCAGCUGUUAGACCAUCCAAGCAAGAACUUGUUUGACACUUCCUUCCUCCUCUUGUUGAAUACUUUGUGGCAAUUGUUUCAGUGUUUUGCUAAGCGUGUCCUGUGCUCACCUUGCCAAGGCCAACAACAGCUCAGCAUUGCGUAGGCUACCCCCGUGGUCCCCUGCCUGUCUGAACAUGAGAACAGGCCAAGUGGAUGACAGCCAGGACAUCCCAAGGGCUUAGGCCUGUGCUGGCUCCGGCCCCUUUGAAGUGCUUCUGCUCAUGAUGGUGGCAUCCUGGGGUGGCCGCCAUGCCCAUUACCCAGGACAACGCGGGGCUGCAUCUCCCUCUCCUUCUCCAGUGGCUGCGGAGCAAUCUGCAGGAGACCCAGGGAGGGCCCGAGCACAGCCUUUGCCAGUCUGCCAUCCAGAAGCUCCGAGAAUACAUCCAGCUGAACUUCGCUGUGGAUGAAAGCACGAUUGUGCUUGACCAGAGCCCCCUCGAGAUGGAAAUCUGCACUGUGUACCUGACCAAAGAGAUGGGGGACACAGAUACCGUGGGGCUCAGUUUUGGGAACAUUCCUGUUUUUGGAGACUACGGUGAAAGACGGCGAGGUGGUAAGAAGUGGAAAACACACCAGGGCCCGGUGCUGGAUGUGGGCUGCAUAUGGGUGACCGAGCUAAAGAAGAACAGUCCUGCUGGGAAGUGUGGCAAAGUGAGGCUGAGGGAUGAAAUCCUUUCCCUCAACGGGCAGCUCAUGGUUGGAGUUGAUGUCACUGGGGCCAGUUAUCUGGCUGAUCAGUGCUGGAAUGGCGGCUUUAUCUACCUAAUCAUGCUACGUCGCAUUAAGCGCAAAGCUCCUCUCCCUCCUUCUAAUGGCAACAACAGCAACAGCUGUGAACCCAAAGCAACUCCUACCUCAGAUCCCGGCAGCUGUCUGGUGCAGAAUGGGAAAAGAACAAGGAAGUUUGGGGUCAUCUCCAGGUCAUCUGUCAGCAAGGAUGGUGGGGAGAACAGGAACGGUCAGGACUCUGAGCUAGAGAAUGGACAUUAUACCCUCAUGGAGAUGGGGGGCCCUCGCCUAGAGACCCUGGAAGUGGAUGACAGGACAGGUGAACAGUUGCCAAAUACAGAGGGUCCUCUAGUCACAGGCCAUUAUAGAUCUCGCUUGUCUGAAGGGAAGUCUGAUUUCAAGCCGAGUGACCAUCUGGCACAGCGAGAAGGCUGCCGGAUCUGGAAGAUGCACAUGGUGAAAGGAUCAGACGGCCUGGGCAUCCAGAUAACCGGAGGCCGGGGAUCAAAGCGAUCGCCCCACGGAAUCAUCGUUGCACAUGUAGAAGAAGGAGGGGCUGCACACAGGGAUGGCAGGCUGACCUCAGGAGAUGAGCUGCUAAUGAUCAAUGGUCAGUCACUGGUUGGCCUCUCCCAUCAGGAAGCUGUGGCCAUUCUCCGUGCUGCAGCUGGACUAGUUCAGCUAGUUGUGGCCAGCAGGGAAAGCUCUGAAGUGGACUUCCUCAAAUAUCCAUCUACAAGUUUGCCAGACCUGCUUAGUACUUAUUCAGGCCCGGAUGUUUCCUCUUAUACUGAUAAUAAGGAGAACGAAGAGCCAGAUGGUGAAGAGGAAAAGGGAGCCAGCCAAUCGCCAACCCAUGGAGCAAUGAUUGAGCCUGAUAAGCCCCAAGAUCCCAACGGUCUGGAAGGAUCUCGGGGAAGCUGCAGAAGCCCCACCAUGGGGAGCUGCCUGAUGAAGUGUCGGAGCCGUUCCCAAGGGGGUGCACCUCGUCUAGAAUCUGUUGGAGAAGAUGAUGAGCUGACAGUAGAAAAUUGUGACCCCGGUGGGGAGAUGUUGGAAAAGUUUUCUUGGAGUGCCCGCAAACAUUCCCUUCCACAGCAGCUUGAUUCUGUUGGGGCAAGACAGGAAUACCAUGCUGUGAAGAAGUCAACUCGGUCCUUGAGCACUGCUCAAGUGGAAUCCCCUUGGAGACUAGCUCAGCCCUCCAUUAUCUCCAACAUUGUGUUAAUGAAAGGACAAGGCAAGGGCCUUGGCUUCAGUAUUGUGGGAGGUCAGGAUUCAGCCAGAGGCCGGAUGGGGAUUUUUGUCAAGACAAUUUUCCCCAGUGGAGCAGCUGCUGCAGAUGGAAGACUCAAAGAAGGGGAUGAAAUCCUAGAAGUGAAUGGAGAAUCCCUACAAGGACUGACCCACCAAGAAGCCAUUCAGACCUUUAAGCAACUCAAGAAAGGUGUUGUGACCCUGACGGUACGCACAAGGUUACGAAGCCCAAGCCUUACUCCGUGCCCAACACCCACACUAAUGAGCCGAUCUAGCUCCCCAAAUUCUAAUGCCAGUGGAGGAACUCCCGCACCCGGCUCAGAUGAAGGAGAUUCUUCUUCUUUGGGUCGAAAAGGCCCAGGACCCAAGGACAGGAUUGUCAUGGAAGUCACACUCAACAAAGAGCCAGGAGUUGGACUAGGCAUUGGUGCCUGCUGUCUGACUUUGGAAAAUAGCUCUCCAGGCAUCUAUAUUCAUAGCCUUGCCCCAGGAUCAGCAGCCAAGAUGGACAGUAGAUUAAGCCGUGGUGACCAAAUCCUGGAAGCAGAUUCUGUCAGCCUCCGCCAUGCUGCAUUAAGCGAAGCUUAUGCCAUCCUGAGUGAGUGUGGCCCAGGACCGGUUAGCCUGAUUAUUAGUCGGCACCCAAACCCAAAGGUUUCUGAACAGGAGAUGGAUGAAGCAAUAGCUCGUUCCACUCACCGGGAGAGCAAAGAGGCCAGUUCCUCUCAUGUCUUAGGUACCCCCCUGAAGAGUCCCUCCCUUUCAGCGAAGGCAAGACAGGGAGAAGGUGCCGCCUCACUCAGCUGGACCAUGAAACGCUUCCUGGAGCCAGCAAGUCGGCAGGGCUCCCUCAGUUCUGAAUCAGAACUCUCACAAUAUUUUUCACAAGAUGUCCUGAGCCCCUUGUCUUAUUCAGACUCUGUGGUUGCCAGUUCUGGAGAUGAGGAGCAUAUGCACCAGAGGAGGGGGAGCAACUCUUUGGAUGAUGGUGCUCUUCCUCCCAGCAGCCCAACUCCCAAAGAAUCAGGAAAAGCUAGGGCCAACAGCCUUGUAUCAUCUGGAAGCAAGAAGGCCUCAGGACCUUUCCAUAAGCAUUUGGAAGCUACUAGGCAAGCCAGCCUCCCUGGAAGCCCACAGUCUGCCCGAAGCCCACUCCUCCGACAGAGGAGAAUUGGCUGCUUUGAUGCUGAAGAUGCCAGUGAUGAAGAGGAGUUUGUGAGAGAUGGACACGACGUUCCAUUUUCCAGGUCCCUCCCAGCCUUUACUUCAUCACAGGCUGAAGAGGACUCUAGGGUGAUCACCCAUUUAUCGUCUGUAGCAGCUGAUAUUAGCAUCCGGGAAGUAGAGCACCUUGGGAAUCCUGCCAGUGAGACCCCUUUGGAGACUUCACCUCUGAGCAGCUCAGGAGGGAAGGUGGAGGAGAAGAUUUCUGAGCAAAUCAUAGACUCACCUUUGCUUCCAGGAAAGCAUUCUGACAAUCCUAAUGCCUCUGAGGACAGCCUGGGCAGCUUGGGCCUGAAGGAACAAACUGAAUCCAAGAAGUCACCAAAACUGGAGCACAAAGCCAUCACCAGAGUCAAAAGCCUGAUGAGCAUUGAGUGCCCUGGUUCCCCCAAACAGAAGAAUGAGGAUCCUGGUCCUGGUCACAAGCCAGUAGCCAGGAUAACCCCACAAAGCAAGAGGGCUGUGACAGAGGACAACUCUAGGUCCAGCAUCUUGGAUACUGUUCAUUUAAUUCGAAUGGAAGAUGAAUCCUUUGGUCUAGACUUGGAAAUCCAGGCCACUCCCUUAAAAGUGGUGAUAAGAGGCUUAAGGCCUACUGAGAGGGAAGCAACAGUACAGCUGAGUGUUGGAGAUGAGAUUGUCUCUAUCAAUGGUGUUCCAGUCAACUCCUUGUCUUACCAGGAGACCUGCCAUGUUAUAAAGAACUUGCCUAUGGCACUGACCUUGCUCAUGCGGCGGCCCACACCUGCUGUGGAUAGCUCACAGGACCACCUUGAAUCACCAGGGGAGAAGGAGCUGAUUAAUACUGACCCCAGUGGGACUCUGCCCACCAUAGGAGAAACUCACUCAAAAGGAGCUCCAGCCUCUGAAACAGAGGGAACUAUACAAUCUGGUUCCAUGCUGCCAUCUCUUGUCAGUACCAAAGAAGUGCAGAUAGGUAGUGGAUUAAGAGUCAGUGGUCCUGAGGAGAUGCCAGUGAGUGACAUUGACAGCAUCAUCAGUGAGUUAGAUGCUUGUGAAGGAAGAUCUGAGAGUCCUCCAAAAACAGGUUCCCUUUGUGGGGAGGGAGGUUCUCAGAGAAACUCUGGGACAAGCAGCAGCAGCCCUUGCCAGGUGGAGCAGAGCAUGGUUAAACAAGAUCCAACGCCUCAGCCUCAGUGGACCUCUCACUUUUCAAUUCUGGAUUCAAUUAAUCCAGGCAAGCAUUUUACUGUGAAUAAAAACUGUUUGAGUAGCUAUUCGAGGAAUUUUAGCAGCUUACAUGAAGACAGCUUGUCCUCAUUUUGCCAUAGGGAAGCUGACACCACUGAGCCAUCACCAAAGUCUAUGUAUGGAGCUGCUGAGGAUUCACAUUCAGACUCAGAAUCUCUUACAGAAGCCACACCCAUUCCUAUCCAGAACAGCAGGCCAUCCCAUCCACCAUCUUGCUCUUCUCAGAGCAAUGCCACAGAGUCAGAUGAGGAGCAAAUUGAAAUCUGUUGCAUGAAUACUCACCCAAAGCCACCCUCUGAAGUGGAGCAGCGACCCAGCCCACAUUCCUGGGAUCCACCUUACCCAGCAGCAGACAAAGUUUCACCAUUAGAAAGUAUUGUAAUGGGUAGUUUACAGACAACUGCACAUACAACAUCUUCCUUUGGUCCAGAAAAACCUAUACUCCCCAACUCUCACCAGCAGGCAAAUACAGUCAGAACAGUUCCUUUGGACUCCCUUCCUUCCUCCCAUUUGGAUAAGGACUCCCGGGACAGCUCAGCAUAUUCAGAUGGAAAUAUUCCACAGGGAUGCAGAGCGUUACAUACAGAAGGGAAAAUGCAAGAAGCUAGCACUGGCAAAGCUGUGGAAACCUGCGAAUCUUCCAGAGGCUGUGGCCUUGUGCACAAGCCCCCAGUCCCUUUCAUCAGCCCCAGAUUGGUCAAUGGCCUAGAACACAGCUUGCUGGACAAUAAAUCCCAAUGCAAAAAGCAAGAAGCAACCAUUAAGGCAGUUGAUAGUCACAGAUGUGCUCAAUUCUCUUUAAAUCAAGGCUUGUCUAAUAAUGAAGAAUGUGAUUUCACCAGCCUUCAUAUCUCUGAAUGUCAAGACUUGGGAGACUUGAGACAAGGACCAGAAAAAAUGGUUAGGAGUCCCCUUCUAGCCCAGUACAAAGAUCCAAAUAAAAUUAAUCAUGUGCAAAGCAGAAAUGAAAAGGAACAGUGUGUAGCCACAACAAAAAGUUCCAACACUAAAACUCACACUCCUGGCACAAACCAUGUUAAGGGGGUUACUACUAUGCACAGUCCUUCAUCUCAACCAAAAUUGAAUCCUGAAACAAAAGGGCCAACACCCAAAAGUUUUAUGGAAAUGCUUCUCAAUAACAAUCACAAACCUAGGUCUGGGCCAAAGCUGAAAGGCCUCAGCAUCAAAAGCAAGAACAAAACCAGCACAGAAGCCUCCAGUACUGUUCCAACUGCCAAGGUCAGUGGGACUGAGCAGAGAAAAAGCUUUACGUCACCCCAAACCUCUCCCAAAACGCUUUCGAAGAGAGUAUUGGGCUCUCGCAGCAUUGCUGUCCAUGGAGAACCAGACAAAAGUUGUCCCAUGGCUCCCAAACCUCCUCCACGUGGACAGGAGAGCAAAUUAGCCUUGGCUGUGUCUGGGCCAAUGAGUUCCCCAGUAUCAGAUGGAAGCAUCCCUAUGACUCGGAACACAAAUGAAAAUAGACUCCUUGGACAAAAUGAAUUUGGCCUUUCCAACCCAAAAGAAGCAAUAAUGGUCUCAGCUCUCCCCAGUGGACUUGGUGAAAAGGGGAGCAAGGCAGCUGCUGGUGAUUCUCGAGACAGAAUGAACCAGGUAAAAAUAAUUGCCAUCUCUUCUGAAAGAAACCCCAAAAGCCCAGGUGGUGACAAGUUAGCAGCUCAAAGUGACCAAAGAGGGUUCUCUGCCCGAGAAAAUGGUCACAAAAAAGGUGAAAGCAAGUUCUGCCACAGAAGAGUGGAGCUAUCCCCAAGUCACCCCACUUCUCUGGCUUCUCACUCCAUUCAGGAAGAUCCCCUAGAAGGACAAGAAAUCCAAAGAAGUUUCAUCGAGGUAAGACUCUCUUCCUCUUCCUCCUUCUUCUUGCCUGUGUGCCCUUCCCCACCUCUGCCUGCAGAGAAGACAGCUUAUAACCAGAAGAGAAUGAACCAGAUGUCUGAACCUCCUGGGAGUUCCAAAAAUGUCAUCACUUUGAAUGAUGGUCCCUAUUGCGCCCCAAGGCCAGUUACAAGGACUUAUUCCAUGCCAGCCCAACUUGCAAGCCAUUUUGGAGGUGAAAGUCACUCUGUAGAAUCUGCAGGACGCCCUCUUCAAGACAGCCAGAAUUCUGUGGCAGAUGAAAAAUAUGUUUGCGUUCCUGAGACAAGAAUAUUCAAAGGUGGCCUUCUUGGCCUGGUUAAUGGACAGAGUAUACAAGGAGGAAAACACCUGUCAGAAACUUCCCAGAGCAUCCCAAAAACAGACCAGGGAGGUGCUAGUGCCCUUGGUGCCCAGGAUACAAACUACCUUGUCACAGAUAGAAUAAAAGCCACCAGGAGGCAUUAUUACUAUGAGCUAAACUGGCCCCAUGAACCUACCUCAUCUUUUUCUGUGAAACAGAGGAUCAAAUCUUUUGAGAAUCUAGCCAGUUUUGACAGGCCUGUAGUCAAGUCCAUUGAUUUCCCUUCAGCAGUAUCCAUUAACUCCAAACCUCCUAUUGUGAGGAGAUCAUCAGGUAAUAUAUAUUCAGGGACACCCAGCAUCUCAAGCGACACCAUGAGGUGCUUACGACGAAGCUUGAGCUCAUGUGGCGAAAACCAAAAUGAAACCAUUUCGUUGGCCCCCCAGCUAAACAAAUCACCGUCGACUAUAGCUCUCCCAGUUUCUCCACCGAAUCUAAUAAAAGGGAGAAGAGAGAGCCCUGGUGUGGACCAAAAAAAGUUACUUGACCCUCCAGCAAGUUAUAAUCCAACAGUGACCACAUCUUCUCACAUCAGGAGGAACAGGACAGUGGGAAGCCAAGCUCGACCAUGUCCUUUAUCCCGCUCAAAACUUAGAGAGCUAAGGGCUUUGAGCAUGCCCGACCUUGACAAGCUUUGUGAUGAGGACUAUUCAGUGGAACCAGUAGCUGGCCACUUUAAAACUGAGCUAGAAAUUACUCCCAGUAGAUCCCUUGGCCUUCCAACUGAAAGCCUUGCAAACCUCAAUGGAUCGCCUUCCCUUUCACAUUUGGCAAAAGGUCAGAGUGGGGACGGGUUGUGUUCUAAGGGAAACAGUCCUUGGACUAGUGGUUCUGGGACUCCUGCUUCAGCCUCUGAUGAAGAUACAACAAUCCAGGAAAAUUCAGUGGAUAGGAGGUGCUUUGGAAGGAGUUGGUCUAUUGGUUUGGACCAACUUUCAGUCUCAUCCCUGGACCAGCAAAAAUUGCAGUCUGUCUUGUCAUCAGUGGGGUCAAAAUCUGAUAUCUUGACUCUGAUUCGAGAAGCCAAAGCACAAACAGAGAAUAAAGAAGAUAUUUUCUUUGUGGUCUUGAAUAAAGAAAGUGGCUCAGGUCUGGGAUUCAGUGUGGCAGGUGGAGUAGAUCUGGAGCAGAAAUCAAUUACUGUUCACAGAGUGUUUUCUCAGGGAGUUGCCUCUCAGGAAGGGAGCAUCCACCAAGGAGAUCUCCUUCUGUCCAUUAACGGCACCUCAUUGGCUGGGUCCAUCCAUGGAGAUGUUUUGAAUGCACUCCACCAAGCAAAGAUGCACAAAGAUGCUGUUAUUGUCAUCAAGAAGGUAAAAGACAAGGAGAAGAGCUCUACCAGACAAGAGCCCACUCCUGCAAGUAGGAAGGUGACUCUGUCCAAAAAGGAUGUUAUCCUGGAACUUGGAAUAGAAGGCAGAAGGGCAGAUCUUAAUGAUGCAAUGUGUGUUGAGUUACUGAAGACCUCUGCUGGACUAGGCUUCAGUCUUGAUGGAGGAAAAGCAUCUGUGACUGGAGACCGACCCUUGCUAGUAAAGAGAGUCUUUAAAGGUGGUGCUGCAGAACAAGCUGGGACAAUUGAAGCUGGAGAUGAAAUUCUUGCCAUUAGUGGAAAGUCAUUGACAGGGCUCAUGCACUAUGAUGCCUGGAACAUUAUUAAGUCUGUCCCAGAAGGGCCUGUGCAAUUACUAAUUAGGAAGCACAGAACAGCAGUAUGAAGCACACUAUGGCUUGUUGCUUUAACCACAAAGGACUCUCCAAUUCCCCUUUCUCCUUCUAUUUUGCAUCAAACUGACGUGGCCAUAGAAUGGAAUCCUUAAACAGCCAAGAGCAACGUUGGUGAAGCUUGCACAGAUGGUCCAUUGAGAAGAAUCCUAGGACCUUGCUAGAAUACGGAAGGGUAUAAAAACCCUAAUGAUUUGGGAUAUUGAGAGUCAAUGAAAUUGAACUUUGGUACCCUAUCACAUGAAGCAUUCUUGGCUGGGAAAAUCACUUUCAGUUGUGUGGCUAUCCUUGGACUGGAAACAAGAAUUUUCAGGUGAGGGAUAGUAAAUCUCGCUUGCUAUCCUGACAAGAUAAGAUUUUAGAUUGUGUCCAUAUUAUUUAGUCAUUUUCUGUCACCUUGAAUAAAAUACACUAGUCUCGAAUUCUGACGGAACAAUAGGAGGAACUCAAACACAAAUUUUUUGACUCAGAAUGAAAAGAACUAUGACGUAUCAUUUUGUGGAUAAAUUAACAGGAUGCUAUGGGUGCAUGGAAAGCUGCCAUAUUUAUAAAUAUUUUCUGGUUUAAGAAAGAAUUAAAAUAGUGACCUAACCAUGUGGCUGAGCUCAGGAAUUGUCUAAAACUGAAAAAAGCAAAAAUGAGGAAAUUGCUCAACAGGGAAGUUAUGUUAGUAGAUGUGUCCUCCCUAGAGGGCUGAGGGCAGUGAAAUAAUAGUCCUUUCUGAAGAAAUGGUAUUUCCCAGACUACCUGUUAAGCCUUCAUAAACUUUGUAAAAUAUACAUUUUAUCAAUCUCACUCUUACAAAUGAAUAUGAGCUCAAAAAUCACAAUAUGGGGUUGCGUUCUGUUUAAUGAAUUGUUUCGUCAUUAAAAUAACUAGCAGAAAAAUGUUAGUCACUUUUAGGUCUCUUUCAAUUGGUUUUAAUUUUUAAUAAUCAACUAUAUCUUAUUCACAGAUUUAUCCAUAUGUAUUGUAAUUGGAGUCCAUCUAAGCACUCUAAAUUAUUUUAAGGAAUUUUUUUUUAGUGUUGUAGGAAAUUAAUAUUUCAAACUACCAGAUCCCUUCUUAUGCUGUGGGUAAUUAAUGUUCUUGUUGCCCUCAUAGUACUUUUUCAAAUAUCUAUCGUUUUUGCCAAAGGUAUUAUCCUGCUGAACACUGUUGUGACCUUACUGGUGCUUUGGAAGUCCCCUCCUUGUAGCCCAUCCUCUUAAACAUAUGACAGUCAAAAGGAAUUCCCUGCCCAUUUUGUGUGCCCAUUUCUUCUAUCAAAAUUAGUUGGGGAAAGUAUUUAUCUUAUUUGUACAAGAACCUUUCUUGAUAACUCUGAAAUCCUUAUCUGCUUCUUUAUCUUUGAAAUGUUUAUGUGCUUUCAGCUCCCAAGUGGGAGUUAUGAGUCUCAGAAAAGAUCCCUUCCCCUUCUAUCAUUCCAAGCUGCUCUGUGAGACCAAAUCUCUUCAUCCACCAUUGAGCAAAAUUUGGCCACCACCACCACUAUCAAAAAAAAAUAGCUCUCAUUUGAAGUUUUCAAAACCCCUCUCCCCAUCUCAUUCUGCCAAUGAGCAGAACAGGAGAAAAGGGGAUAAUGAAAACAAAGAUAAUAAAAUAUACAGACAGUGCCAAUCAUUCUUUUCAGAUAAAGGAGUAACCACCAUGUGGUUAAACUAGAAAUUAAUGUGGUGGAUGCAUAUUUGGGAAGCUGACAUUCUCAGAUAAAAUAGGGUUGAUGAUUGAAUCUAAUAAAUCGCACUGCUUACUGAUUAAUGUGAAAGUUUGUCUGUGGACUUAAGAGAAAGGAAUUUAGAAACCCUUAUAUUCCAAAGAACCAUGUUGAGUGUCCAGCCUACAAGGCUGGCAUACUAACUUUCCAGGCAUUUCUGAACAUUUGUGUUCAAGUUUGAGAGAAAUUUUGGUAUCUUCCCAAGCUCUAACUUCUCAUCCAGGAAGAGAAGAUGGCUGCUGGAGUGGUGGUGUGAUUAAAUGUUCAAUAAAAAAAGCAAGUGAUUAUUUCAUUACCACAGAGCAUGCAAAGAAUCAGUGUGAACCCAGAUUUCCCCUUAUACUCACUGGAGUUGAUGGGUAUCAGUACCCUUCAAGUGACCACUGAAAGAAGUAGAGACAACUCCUUGCUUUCUCUUAUGCUCAUUUGUUGAAUGAGAUAGAGAGGGUUUUGAAAACUUGAAGUGUAAGCUAUUAAAAAAAACUUUUUUUGGAAGAGAUGGUGAUGCAGUCAUGCAGUGAUGAAUGAAGAGAUUUGGGCUUACACAACUGCUUGGAAUGACAGAAUGGGCACGUGGUCUUUUCCGAGAUCCCCAACUCCCUACACUUGGGAGCUAGAAGGAAAAAGCUUGUUUAUUAGGUAGAUUUCUGUCCUUUGUAAGCCCAGGGAUUGACAUUAACACGGCACUGGAAAGAGCCCCUGGCGCAGCUCUCUUUUGGGCUCUGAGGGAGGGAUGAUGCAAAAGGUAUGACUGUUCUAGAGUAGGAAAUAAAAAACUCUUUGUCUUCUGUAUUCAAGGCUCUUGCAUGACUUGUAUUUCAGACACACCCUCUAGGUCCCACCCUUCAUUAAAUGAACACUAAUGAUUUUGUCCCACUAAAACUGUUAGUUUUUAUUUGUGUUUUUCCACAAGUUGGUCAUUCACAGAGAGCCUAUAGCAGAUAAUAUGUGUUAGGGCAUGUAAAAUGCAAUGGUGAAAAUAUUUUGCCAAGUGUUGAAGCAGAAGUGGAUGGGUAGGUGCAAAUGGAACCCAAUCUAUUUCAAUUUUAUGUGUUUAGCUAAAUUUUUACCAUACUUGUUGUAUGAUGUUGUACAUUUAUACUUUAUUUAUAUAAAAUAAAAUGCCUUGUAUAUUAUUAAAAUGUGACUGCAAUGAUAGUAAAUAGAUUGUACAUUUUUUUAAAGACUUGCUUUUUCUCUAGGUUAUGUAAAUCUGCAUCUCUGUAAACAUAGGUCUUUAAAGUAAUUUUCAAAAAAUAAAGACUCUACUUAGACUUGUUUCAUUUAA